AUGCCCACUCGAUCUGGACUACAAAGACUCCCAGUCACCACUCCUCACUCCGAAUCUGACUCUGACACAGACUCCACUUACAAAGCCAUCAAUCCCACUACCAAACGUAACCGCACUGCAACCACAGCAAGACGAGGUCGAGCAGGGCGAGGGCAAGGAGGGAAAGUCCCAUCAACAUCGAACCGUCCCACCAAGAGGCCUCGACAAGCUGAGGCCACUCUCACCCCUGAGGAACUCGAACUUGACACCCCUUCUGACUCACAGACUCCCACUCUCAUCAACUACCGCCAGUUGGGGCUUCAGUGGGGACGGUCCGUCGCCGAACAGAACUUAGCAUCUCUCGACCUCCCCAAAAACAAUCGCCCUUCAACCAAUGGUCUCUUCAAAGCGCAAGCUCUACAAUCUCAGUAUGACCUGGAUAAGACAAUGUUGUGCAUUGUCCUGAAAUGCAGCCGCAAAGUACUUGAUGAAGCACUUGUAUCACCCAGGCUCGAGGGACCUCUUGCCCGCGAGCCCAACAUGUACACCAACUACCAAACAUAUGGUGUUGUUGCAACCACCACAGCCAUGCCGCCCAAAGGUGUUGCUGAAGGCUUCACAGAAAGGAACCAAAUAGUUGGCCACACUUGGAGUGCGUAUGAAGAAGAUGAACAAGCAAUCUUCACACCUCGCCUAUUCGAACCCCUGUGUGUUGCCACCCACGAGGCUUAUGCACUCACCCAAACCCCAUCCCAACUUGACACCACUUCCACUUCCCAACCCCCCCAGCCUCAGCCUGAUGUUGGCCAACCAGGAGUCGCCAAAAUCACCAAGGAAGAGCUUGAAAAAUAUGUACCAAUAUUCCAGCGGCUGGUCAACUUGAACAAGGUAUCACAUGACAUGCAUGACGGACGUUUAUGGCGCCACAGUGGCAAAAAACGAACUCAAUCAUUAGAAAACCUCCUCAUGCAUGAAAUAGGAAAAGUGGUUCGACAACUCCACGUUCUCAAAAACAAUUUUAACCUCCACUUUCACCUCCUCUUGGCAUGCUGGAACCCAUCUUCACCUAACCGGCGCGCUCUAUUCCAAGAAGAGCACACCUCAAGCCAAAGGUGGGGCAAACUUCAGCUGAAGAACCACCUACUUGAGUGCUUUGCAUUCGAAGCAACCAAAGCUCCAGAGCAUCUUCGCGCAGGACCAAAGCAACCAAGGAUGCUGACAGAAGCGGCUGCUCGACAAGCAAAACAGCGCGCUGACCUUGCCCAAGCCUUGAACAAUUUAAUAUCUCCGCAUCUGCGAGGCGGUUACAUAGGGCGUGGUGAUGCCCAUCCUAAGACGCCUGAUGUCCGUGCCUCCUUUGCUAAAAAGGAGUUUCGAGGCAAGGUCUUUUUAUCUUUCCAACAAACCCCCGAUGCCCUCGUUUCCGACGCCAUGCUUGCCAAAGGCCCCGCCGCCCUUACCAACGACGAAGUUGCCAUGUGGCUGGACGACAUCAACAAUCAAAGAUAUGUUGUGGUUCGCAUGGGAGCUCCCACCAAAGUUGCGCCCCCAGAAGAGGACAGCACCCCAACUGCAGACCAGUUGAUUGACUCACCAACACUUGGCGAAGAAUCAGAUGGAGAACAAGUAAAAAGUACGUUGUUGGGCUUAGGAGGAGGCUCACAACUCACAUGUAUUCAAUUGGCAACUCUCAUGACAAGAGGGAGGGCAUGCCAGUCGCAAGCAAACAGCAAGCGCGCCUUCAGGGCGUGCCCCGCAUGCCCCAAAGGAUUGGAUGAUGAGGUACCGGUACAAACUGUGCCAGAUGUACCGGUACUCCUUCCUCAUCACCAAACGAAACCUACAUGGCCCCAUGCGCCAGGAUCUCUCGGUCCCCAGCCCGUAGAGGCCCCGCGCCCUCGGUCCUUGAUAAAGCAAUCGAUCGAACGAUUGAACCGAUUUGGCCAGGCAAGUUUGUUCCUCCCAAUUCAUCCCAUUCCCUACCUCCUAUCCACUUUUGAUCGAGCGAUCCUUGCGCCAGGAAUCUUUCCUCUUGGCCGGUUCCCUGAGAAAGAUUCCUGUUUAUGUUUAACAAAACAUUGUCCAAGUAAAAGUGAGCUUUUCGAUCUUUUCCUCGAAAGCAACAAUUUCUUAUCAACCUACAGACGUUGGAGCUCUUCAGUUGUUAGAAGAACUCCCUUUUUUCUCGUUCCAACAGGAAAAUCCUUUUACGGACGAAGCAUACCACCAGUCGUUCGGAAUCCACGUUUUAAACUGAACGUAGACGAAGUUCGUACCUUAGCACCUUACAACCCGGCAGACGAAGACCUCCUAGACUACGAAGAGGCAGGAACUUCCAUAAGUACCAGUGGCUUACGGCUCUGCUUGUGUGACGUAGUGGAACAUCAACCGAACGAUCAGCGAAGUAUCGCUCCGUCUACAGCACCAGCUUCGGCGACAAAGAAUCGCUACGCGAAGCCAGCACCGUUGAAACUACGUACGGCAGAUCCGUUUCGAAGCCAAAAGACUUCACCUCGCGAGCCAAGACCAGUGUCACUACUAGAGUUCCAAGCGUCCUUUGGUAGAAAAGGUACCGCCACUCAGAAUCAGUAUCAUCCACAAGCGGCUCCUCGCGAGCACCCAGCGUUGCAGACGCAACAACUACGGUCGGCGAUGAUGAUCGACGAGGUUCCCAACCUCCAGUCAGCAGUCGAAAGCCAAGCACCUCCACCACCACCUCCAAAAGGAGUAAGACGGCCCCUCACGAUAGAAGAGACCGACUUACUCCUGAUGCACAGAGCGAACUACGACGUGUGGGAACAGGCCAAGACCCAGAAAGAUCGAGCAGCCUUCAAGAAAGCGACACUCAAAGGCAAGGCCUCUCACAGACAACUGUCCAAACUGAUGGGCUUCAAGUAUCUAAUGGAGCAUACCAACAGUUGGAACCCAGCGAUCUGGGAUUGGAAUACUUUCGAGCUCAGAGCGAAAGGGAAACCUCCAUCCUCGGACCCCCAUCCACGUCGAAAUCAAACCAGUUCUCGCCAAGGGAAUUCCAACGGCGAACUAGUGAUUCAACUCAUCAGAGAGGCAGGCAAGGCAGUGAGGAACUAG